ACAAAAACAAAAGCAGGAAAUUAUGGCAGCCUUAUCGCUAUAUCUGCUGGUUACUUGGAUGUUCCUUCUUUCUCUCUUUCAUACUAGGUUUGCGGAGGUACCACGUCCUGCGGAUGAGAGCUCUGCCUUAAUGGAAUUCAAGAGAAGUUUCAGAACCAACACGACAGAUUGGCAAUGUGUUUAUCCAAAGGUCAAUUCCUGGUCACUGGAUGGAAGUGGAGAUUGUUGUUCGUGGGAUGGCGUCAAAUGUGAUGAGGUCACCGGCCGAGUGAUUGCCCUUGACCUCAGUAGCAGUUGUCUCUCAGGCACCAUUAGUCCGAACACCACUCUCUUUCGACUCGUUCACUUGGAGUUGCUCAAUCUUGCUUUCAACUGCUUCAACUUCUCCUCAAUCCCGUAUGGCUUCAGCAAUCUAUUGAGGUUAAAAUACCUUAAUCUCUCCAACUCUGAUUUUUCCGGUGAAAUCCCUCACGAUAUUUCGCAACUCUCUAAGUUAAUUUCUCUUGAUUUGGGCAAUUCUUUGUUUGGGACACUUCAUCUUCCCACCAUGGGCAACCUUGUUCAUAAUUUGACUGGGCUAAAAGAACUUGAUCUUUCUUAUGUAAGCUUGUUAUCACCUAUCCCUCCAAUGCUAGCGAAUUUCUCUUCCCUGACAUCGCUUAAGCUUGGCCAUUGUAAAUUGCAUGGAGAAUUUCCGGUCAGUAUUUUUCAGCUACCAAACUUGGAAGUCCUUCACAUUGGUGGCAAUAGCAACCUCUCUGGUUUUUUCCCCCAACUGCGUUGGGGGUCUCCAUUGAAAUCGUUACACCUUUACCAGACCAACUUCUCAGGAGAAGUACCCACUUCGAUUAAAAAUCUUAGUCUCUUGAAUGAGUUAAUCGCCUGGGAUUGCUAUUUCUCAGGAUUGCUUCCCUCUUCGUUGGGUAAUCUUUCUCAUCUCACUUUGCUGGACCUAUCAAAAAAUGACAUUCAAGGACAAAUCCCUUUUUCCUUUGCUAACCUUGCCCAGAUCUCCACUCUACGUCUCGCAUACAAUAACUUGAGUGGUGAUACUCUAGAGUGGGUGGUCAACUUGACAAAACUUGCCGACUUGGACAUUUCAGGUAAUCAGUUAAGCGGUAGAUUUCCAUCUUCAUUUGAGAACCUGAAGCAGUUGACUUGGCUCAACCUUUCCCACAACGACUUGCACGGCGAUAUUUCGGGAACAUUGUGGAAUCUGAAGAAUCUCCUAGGGCUUUGGCUGAGGUCGCUUAAUCUCAAUGGCGUUAUUGAUGUAAAUAAUAUCUUCAAACUCGAGAACUUGAUAUUUUUGAGUUUGUCCUUCAACGAUAAUCCGUUCACCAAGUCAUUCAUCAACCCCACUACAUCAAAGCUUAGCUUCUUAAGCUUAGAUUCAUGCAACUUGAUUGAGUUCCCUCAGUUUAUAGAACACUUAAGCGAAUUGGUGUUGCUAAAACUACCAAACAACAGAAUCCGAGGGACUAUUCCUAGAUCGAUGUGGAAAGAUAGCAAAGAAUCUCUCAUGUAUAUUGAUCUUUCUCACAAUCUUUUUACUGGUUUCGAAAACAACCAGACUAAUCUUCCUUUGCCGAACUUGGAGUAUUUUGACAUUAGUUCUAACUUGUUAGAAACAACCCUCCCUGUCCCACCUCCCUCAAUCAAGCUAUACAACAUCUCCAACAAUGUCUUAUCUGGGGAUAUUCCAACAUCCAUUUGUGAAGGAAGCUCUCUCGCCAUGCUCGAUUUGUCCAACAAUGCUCUAAAUGGCACACUUCCUCCUUGUUUGGGAAGUAUUAGUGCUUUGAUUUUUUUGAACCUUGCAAGAAAUAAAUUCGAUGGCAUGAUUCCUCACAUUUACCCGGAUGGUUGUGCAUUGAGGAUGAUUGAUCUUAGUGAAAACCAGCUAAGAGGGAUUGUUCCGAGAUCUUUAGGAAAUUGUGGAAUGCUGGAGUAUUUGAAUCUUGGUGACAACCAAAUUAAUGAUACAUUCCCAUUUUGGCUAACGGAAUUGGCCUUCCUAAAAGUUAUUGAUUUGAAGUCCAAUAAGUUCCAUGGUCCCAUAGAAGGUCAUCCAAGCCAACUUAACUUCUCCAGUUUACACAUCCUCGACCUUUCCAACAAUAGCUUCAAUGGUAAACUUCCUUCUAUGUUGUUACAGAGUUGCCGCACCAUGAAGGUUAUUGAUGGUGAAGGUAAGUUGGCAUAUAUGAAUAUUCAUCUAAUCAUUGAUCUGUCUUUUACGUCAAUCAAUGGAACUGAUAUGACUUAUCAUAUGACAUUGAAGAAUAAGGGCACGGAAAGAGAAUAUGCGAAGAUUCUAGAUAUCCUUGUGGCAAUUGACCUCUCUAGUAACAAGUUCGAAGGUUUCAUUCUUGAACUCAUUGGAGAUCUUAAGUCUCUUCGUAUGCUCAACCUUUCAAACAACUUCCUCAAUGGUAGCAUCCCUUCUUCCUUGGCAAACCUGACAGUGCUAGAAUCAUUGGAUCUUUCCCUGAACAAUCUUGUGGGAGAGAUUCCUCAACAACUAGCUAGCCUCACAUUUCUUGAGGUUUUCGAUGUCUCUCACAAUCGACUAUCGGGACCAAUACCACGUGGAACUCAAUUUGACACAUUCGGGAGCAAUUCAUUUGCGAUGAAUGAGGGUUUGUGUGGAAGUCCUCUGCCAAAUAAAGGCACAAAUGUUGAUAACGCUCCACCACCACCAUCUUUCACAAUAGAUAAUGAAGAGGAGUCUCUAUUUGACUUGGAUUGGAAAAUCAUGCUGGCUGGCACUGGAGUUGGGUUUUUGGUUGGCAUUGUGCUAGGGAAUUUGGUCAUUGAUAAGAAGAGUAGGUGGUUCUUGCGCUGCUCCAAACGAAUGGCAAGAAGAUGGAAUAGGUGAGGAAAGCUCUAGCGGACUAGAAAAUUUAUAGCUAGAUACGCAAUGCUCUGUGUCUAAGUAGUUUGUUAAGAACAAUCAUACAUGCAUGUCUGAAGAUUCUAAACUAUGUUUGUUUGCAUGUUUCAGUAAAUUACCGUGAGAUGCUUUUUUCUUUCCCAUGAAAGUUAGUUCUUUAGGUUCUAUGAGAAGAUCUCUGUCCAUAUUUACAUCAGCAAUGUCAUAAUGUUUUGUUGGAUAUUACUUGCCAGAUGACUCACGGACGGAUGUAGAGAAUCUAA